GCUCACUUUCGAUCCCGAUACAGUCCUUGUCCUUGGAAGUGAUAAUUCAUCUUUCAGCCAAAUCUGCAACUGAAUGAAAUUCAUUCCCAAUUCGUUUCCAAGAAAUAUGAUCACACAUCGCUGCUACACAAAAGUCGCUCACAUGAACUCUCUCUCGUAAGUCACAUGUCCGUUUUCCCCGGUGCGUUUCACAUCCUCUGGAAGCCUGUUAAAUAUUCAACUUUUCACAGUGGCGUUCUUUCAGAGCGUUUACCUCACACCGGCUCCUGUGGGGUUUUGCCUCACCUCUCCGUUUUGGUGUCACUCAAUCCCUGGGACGACGCAGCCUGCAUAUUAACCACUUCACAGUUGGCUUUAGGCAGCAGAGGACUCGCUUUCUAAAAAUACCCAGGUCUCAUCUGUGCACUUGGCAGUUUGGUUUGCACCAGCACAACCUGUCUAUUGUGGUGCCAAGAAAGAGCAAACAGAAGUUGAUUUUUAAUCUGUUUUCGGUAUCUUGAGGGGAUCAGACAGAUAGCAUGAUGUCGAGACAUUUCAUUGGAAAGACAUGCAGCAGAUGGAGAUUCUUGAAUUUUCCUCAAUGUCUGUUUACGAAGCCGGCAGCUCAUUUCAGCCAUUAAAAGUAAUUACAGAUAAUUCACUUAGCAGAGAGUUGUUUCUCCCUGAAAAGCUGUCAUCAUGCUGAAGCCAAUCAUCUCAGCCCUUAAUCAUAUUUCUUAGAGACUCGUCAAGAACUCACAUUCGUGCUGGAGGCUGAGGAGAAUAAUUACCGUGCUUAAGAUUCCAAAUUAAUCCAUACAGUUGUUCCUGCGGUUGAUUGUGGUAACACACCGUAGGAGAAGUUUGGUGUCCUGGAAGGCUUUAAGGUUAAUAUUAAAUGCAGCACAUCCUUUAAUGCAGACAAGUGUGGAGCCCUAAAGUGCUUGAGAUUAAAUUGAAUAAAUAUAAAAUAACACAACAUAAAAUAAGUACACCCAUGCUGUGUAAAAUGUGUAAAUGAGCCGAUACAUAGCUAAAGAGCUAGCUGUUAAAAUUCAACUCAUGAUCGCAUCAUGUCGUUCCAUCAUCUUCACAUCAGUUUUAUAUGAAUGUUAGAAUUUAUUUCAAAUUGCCUUUUUUAAUCGCCUUUUUAAUUUAAUUCAUAAUGAUUUUACACCAUGAAUAAUUUCAGAAUGUCCUGUUUUAUGACAUCAGCUGCCACCUGCAUGUCCUAAAGAACCACCAGUGCUUUGAGUUUUCAUCUUAGUGCAGUGGUAUGUAUUUGCGUGCCUUCCAGUACCCAUACUACCAUACUGUACUGUACAGUAUGCCAAAAAAUGAUUUAGUGUGUCCCAAUUCAAAGUAUGUCAAAUGCAAUUUGCUAAAAAUACCAGGGUGUCCUCCUACAUCUGUUCUGAUUUUGCAGUACAGGAGCCUGGAUGACUUUCUGGCCAUUCUGACCCACAGUCCUCUGCACAGCAGUACUGUGUCACUGUGUCUUGUGCAGCCGAGAGGAGACAGACGGAGAGAGCUCAUUUAGAAAUACAGACUGCUAGGGAUACUUCAGCAGGUCAGUCAAAGCUCAGUGUUAUGAUAAAGUAAUGUGUCCAGUUGUAUACAUGCUGCAUGCAACAGUAAACUCUUUGUAAGGGCAGCUGUCCUAUGUAGGGAAAGGAUACAAACAAAAGUAUGUGAUUUAGGCCAGGUGGCUCAAGGACAUUGUGACAUCAGUUUCAGAUAUGGAAAUAGGUUUAAUUUAAAAAAAAAAAAAAAAAAAAAAAGUUUCAGGACAGAACCACUGACUGUGACAUUCAGUGAGACAUACAGGAAACGUGCUGCAGCUAAAUCAUUAAACCACUGACAGGUGAAGUGAAUCAUACUGAUCAUCUCCUUACAAUGCAAUGUUCUGCUGGGAAACCUUGGCUCCUGGCAUUCAUGGCGAUGCUACUUUGACACAUAACACCCACCUAAACAUUGUUCCAGACAAAGCACCACCUCUUGUCAUGGCAACAAGACUAAGUGCCUCCACCAGCAGGAUAAUGCAUCCCACCACUAAGCAGAAACUGCUCAGGAAUGGCUCAAGGAACAUGACAAAGAGCCCAAAUAAUUGACCCGGCCCCCAGAAUCCCCAGAUUCCAAUCUGAUCAAGCGUCUCUAGGAUGCAAACCCAAGUCACGAAGUCCACAAAGCAUCAGCUACAAACAUCCCAGUACCACAAACCACAGCACACCCUUUGAUGAACAAACAAUGACAGGUCAGAAUUGUACUGACAUCUUGACCGAUGCAAUAUUAAGAAAUACAAAGUACAUGCAAAAAAGAAGCUGAAAGAUGGGUGAUGGCAAAUCCACAGUUUUGAGAAGCUACAUUAGGACAUGAGAUUAAAUUAAAGUGUUAAUGGGGGGAAAUUCUGCUAUGCAGUUGUUGUGGAAAAUUCUUUAUCAGUUGUUGGAGAAAUAAGCUGCACAUGAGGGAAAAAACCCAUCAGUCAAAGGCUUCUUCGAAAUGCUGACAUGUAUUGUUUCUUAGAAAUGCUACAUCUCGGUUUUAACGCCUCAGACAGCAGUCAGUUUAAAGGUAACAUGUCUAUCCUGCACAAACGGUACUUUCCUUUCGUGCAUUCUCUACCUUAUGGGAUGUCUCAAAAGGUCAUCAGACACAGACAGCUUAACAAGGUUAUCAAAGGCUACAAGUAUCAAAGGUUAUAAGCAUCAAAAUGUUAUGAUCGCUAUAUGUGUACUAAGUUACACAUAUUGUAAUGUUGCACAUAAUCUGUAAUGCUUUCAGAUAAUUAGUAAGCAUUAAUGCUUGUAGAUAAUACAUUUUCCACUACACAAUUAUAACACACUAUUAUGGAAACAAUAGUGAUGAGCAUUUAUUGUCAGUGAGUUUUGAUGCUGAAUUAUUUCAAAAUGUAUGCUAUUUUGCAUAAUGUAUAUGUAGUUAGUACGAGCUAGCAAUUGUAUUUGUACUCAUUUUAUAUUUACCUAUGUAAUAUGAAAUACCUUGGGGGUACCAAACUAAUUUCUAGAGUAAACUGCAGCUUUUUCUGUCAGUAAAAUGACUUUCAUUGUGCAACACCUUAAACUAAGUCUCACAGGAGCAAGUAUUUACAUUUGUCUACAUUGAUCAGGUGUUAGAGAAUUAGCUCAUGUCUUAACUAAAGACUGUGGCCUGUAGAAAACGAAGGAGGAGGAAGAAGACAGCAAUUCACAUUGGACGUUGACCUUAGAGUCACUUGACUGAAUGUCUAAACUUGCUGCUUGGUGUGAACAUCCACAUGGUGACUGACUUCCUGCAGCCUGCAGCUCAUUUCACCUCAGUCUGCUUCAGCCUCUGGACCACUUCAGCUUUUGAUUGCAGACUUCAGCCUUUGAUCAGGGAGGACAAAGAGGCAAAAUGUUCAAUGAGCAGAAAUCAGCUGAGGAAGGAUGGGAUUUCAAUGGGCUUCAAAAUAAAAGGAUUUUCUGCACCUCUUUGUUUCACAGGUCUUCACGCAGCUUCAACUCCUGCUUAAAGUGGAGCGCACCGCUGGCUGGACUUGCUCGCUGUUUCUGUGCGUGCAAUGAAAACAGUGACUGAUCCUGGCUGUGAAUUAACUAUGGGCGCGCACAUCCUGGAGUCCAACUCCAGCGGCAACGUGACGCCUGCGGUGUCCGAGGCUGGGACCGUCCUCCCGGGAUACCUGGUGGUGAUCUUAUCGGUCCUCAUGGGGACUCUGGUGGUCGUGGUGGUGGCGGGGAACGCGCUGGUCAUCAUGGCUUUUAUUGUGGAUAAAACCCUGAGAAAUCAAAGCAACUACUUCUUUCUCAACCUUGCCAUAUCCGAUUUUCUUGUGGGUGCCUUCUGCAUCCCGGUGUACAUCCCAUACAACCUGACAGGCAGGUGGAUGCUGGGGAAGGGCCUCUGCAAAGUGUGGCUGGUCAUGGACUACCUGCUCUGCACCGCCUCAGUCUUCAACAUUGUCCUCAUUAGUUAUGACCGCUUCCUGUCAGUCACAAGAGCAGUUAAAUACAGAGCUCAGAGGAACAUGACCCGCCAGGCUGUGUUGAAGAUGGUGGCGGUGUGGGUGCUGGCCUUCCUCCUCUACGGCCCCGCCAUCAUCUUCUGGGAGACCAUUGUUGGCAAGAGCAUCGUCCCAUCCCACGAGUGCUACGUGGAGUUUUAUUUCACCUGGUACUUCCUGCUCAGCGCGUCUACCUUCGAGUUCUUCACCCCGUUCGUGUCGGUGGCCUUCUUCAACCUCAGCAUCUACCUGAACGUUCAUCGCAGGAAUAAGAGAGGAGGCGCCUGCGCUGAGGAUGAACCCAAGCCACCGAAAACCAUUAAGAAGCACAAAGAAGCAUCAGCCUGGUCUGUGUUUUUUGUCAAGACUCGGAAAGUGUCGUCCAGCGAGCCCACUGCGAUCUCUGCUGUCAUAGAGGACGAUGACGUGCUGAACCCCUCUUCUAGUGGGGAACCGAACACCAGCCAGAUAUUCAUGCAGCGGGAGAAGCUCUCACCAAACAGGAAAAACUCCAGGCUAUUUCAGCACUCAGCCUCCUGCGUGGUUCCCGGCCGUAGGAUACAAGGAUCUCGUCUUUCCCGAGACAAAAAGAUCGCCAAAUCUUUGGCCAUUAUAGUCUGCACUUUUGGGAUAUGCUGGGCUCCGUACACUCUGCUAAUGAUCAUCCGUGCUGCCUGCAGCGGCAAGUGUGUGGCGAACUACUGGUACGAGAUGACAUUCUGGCUUCUGUGGCUGAACUCCGCCAUCAACCCGUUCUUGUACCCUCUGUGCCACAGCAGCUUUCGAAGGGCUUUCUCAAAGAUCCUGUGUCCCAAAAGACAAUCGGUGCAGCCUCAGAUUGAGGCCCAGUCCUGUUAGAUUGCACUUCCAUACUACAUGAAUGCAGUAAAUGUUAUUGGUCAAACACUGUAAAAAUCCAUACAAUGUUCUUCCAUCUGAAAAUCAAAAAUAAGAGAAUUUUUUCAGUGUUGCAACAUAUUUGACAGCAAUACGACAAAGCAACGCAGUCAUGACAAUGUUCUUAAUGACAGAGCAGAGGAGAGGAUCAAGUGCCACCAAGAGCUGAAGUCACAUUUUUGAAAUCAUUUCAAAAUGUAUGUUAGCCUUGACAGACAAUCUGUGUAAGUAGGACAGGAAAGAGUUAGGUUAGUGUUUCUCACCACUUAGGUCUUUAUGUGCUGGAGAAUGUGAAAUGAUGACAUAUGCAGCCCGAUAGGAGCUGAUUACCAUAAUGUAGUCUGAGAUAUUGUACAAGAACUACAGCACACCAAGUUGUUAAAUUGUGGCUUGUCAGACUGGAAGCACAACGGGGGUUUUUAAGGGCUGAAUGUUCCAACUCCCAUUUAGAUGAAGCUGAUGUGAAAUAAUGGUCUCAAUGGUCUUUUAGUGGUUUCAAAAUCUCUCUGCACAUGGAACCUUUUCACCUCUCCAUUUCAAACACAUGGCUGUUCAUCUGAAAAUGAAGGAAACUUCAAGCUUUUCAUCAUGCAGCAAUAUAAUAACCAGUGUAGAGUCGUCAAAGUUCAAAGCACCAGAAAAGAAGAAAAGAACCCGUGUUUGUUUACUGACUACUGCUGAGUGUACUUUUAUCAUAGUGAUAUUUUAUAUUGUUUUAUCUGAAACGUGGGCUCGGGGGCAGGGGGAAAAUCAGCUGUUACUGCCAACAUUGAAUCUGCACUUCUAUUUAAAAAGAUGUACUUGUUGAUGUUAUAAAAUGUCGAGCACUAUGAACUGAAAGCAGCAUUUGUACAAUAAGAUCUAUGCCAAGCUAGAUGGUUGUGUAUUUAUUCCAACACUGAACUGGUUUAUACCACCUAAAAAAAACUAUAUGACCGCUUUGUAUCUUGGUGAUGAAUGUGUGUCGGUGUAAUAGCCAAAGAAAGAAUAAAAAGAAGACUGCCUACAGGA